UCUCUGUGCUUCGUCUACCCACUCGACUUUGCCAGAACCAGGUUGGCUGCCGAUGUAGGCAAAGCAGGCGCUGUGCGUGAGUUCUCAGGCUUAGGUAAUUGUUUGACGAAAAUCUUCAAAUCUGACGGUCUCAUCGGUCUUUACCGCGGAUUCGGCGUAUCGGUGCAGGGUAUCAUCAUUUAUCGUGCGUCUUACUUCGGUUUCUACGACACUGCCCGUGGUAUGCUGCCAGACCCCAAAAAUACUCCAUUCCUCAUCUCAUGGGGUAUCGCCCAGGUCGUAACCACUGUCGCGGGUAUUGUGUCCUAUCCCUUCGAUACAGUACGUAGGCGUAUGAUGAUGCAGUCCGGUCGUGCCAAGACUGAUAUGCUGUACAAAAACACUCUUCAUUGCUGGGCUACUAUUUACAAGACGGAAGGUGGUAAUGCCUUCUUCAAGGGCGCGUUCUCUAAUGUUCUCCGUGGUACCGGUGGUGCGCUCGUACUCGUGUUGUACGAUGAAAUCAAGAACCUUCUUUAAAGCGUUAAAACGAUCCUCGUCUCAUUACUUUCACGAUCACUGACAUCGUCAUUCAUUAUCCAUCCGAUUUGAUAUAGCGAUUCCCACAGACCGACGGACAGAAGUGACUUGCUGUCGGCGAUAUUAACAAGUAAUUCAGGCUGAGGACGUUUCGAUGUAGCAGCUCGUAAAGUGCAUGAAACUCGGCAAAAAUUGUAAACAUAAAAAAAAGGAUACAAGCAUAGAAGAGAAUCUGCUUAACUUAUUGCCGGAUUCAGUAUUUUCUCGCAGCGGUUGACAUUACGUAUUUUCGUAUUCCAUUGUAAAAACGUUUGAGGAGGCCAGCACAAUCGCGUAGGUACCGCGAACACCUGUUACCUGGAUAACGUUCCAUACACGCCACGCUGAGUAAGUAGGACCGGUCGGAAUAUCAAAGUACUUGAAAGUAAUAAAUUGCCUAGAGAACCGAGUCAGCGCACGCGAAACCAUCGAGAGAGGAGGACGCGCGACGAAAAUGUCAUCACGGCGAUGACGGGGCGCGUAGCCUGGGCCGCCCCCCGCCCUUAUUCUCGGCCCGUUGUAGAUAAUUCAUAAUUAAUUCGUAAUUAAUAAACAAUCAUUUUAAUGGUAUCAGCCAGUCCGUCGAUUUUUGAUGGACGAUAAUUUAAUUUCGCACUCCAGACGACCAUGUAAGAUGAAAAGCGUUACUCAGAAUGUAUGCAUCUAAUCUGUUCAUGUUAGGAUGCAUGCAGGGAAAGCAGCAAAUCAAUAAAAACGAUAUAAAAUUUCAUA